AAUUGUAUAGGUUUUGAAACUAUGUGGGUCUUACUGAUUAUUAUGUGUUGUGUUCUUUUUGUGGGACGUCACCUGUCGGAGGGGAACCAAUAGAACACCAUUAAAUCCUGCUGACAAAAAACACUACAGAAACCGGUUUUAAUUAUCCUUUAUAGUAGGCCAAAAGGGAUUUUUUAUUCGCAUUUUCAGCACAUGCACGUAUAUAUUCAAACUUUAAUAUUAGAAAAUAAUCGAAUAAUUGUGUCUGUUUUGGUAAAACCUCUGUCAACUUUAUACUUUGAAAACAAGAACACAACACGAUCUGGGAGUGAGCGAGCCUCGCCCCUUAUGAUGACGUAUGUGUUGACUGACAGCCGCGGACGUCAUCUGACUGAAACGAAACUACAGUAGAUUGAGCGCUGAUUUGGAGUAUUGAGUUGUUUGUCUAAGCUGUUGAACUCUGAGAAGACAUCACUGAUACUUGAGCUAAUAAACACGUGAAAAGAUGCUCUGCAUUUUUAUCAAUCUUUCAGGCACUCAGGGGCUCAACGGUAACUUAUUUUCCAAGUCCAGCUAACAGAUCAAGCCUAAUGGUCCGUCAAACGAAAAGUGAAGCAUCAAUGACUGAACCGAUUUCUUUCCAACCUGAAAACUCGACCAAUGAGAUAAUGCAUCAUGAGGAAAAUGCCAUUGACACAUCAGUCCAUUUCAAAUCAGACGUGGAGCAUCAGCAAGAAUACAAAUCCAAACUGAAAAUCACAUUUCAAUGCUUUCACCAUGACUUGUCUAGACAGACGCAUCCCACGUUGCUCAACGACAUCUUCACAGAGCUUUACAUCACUGAGGGGGAGAGUGAUAUUGUCAAUAAAGAGCAUGAAGUGAGACAGAUCGAAACUGCAUUGAGGAGACAAACCGCAGUGGACGUUUCAGUCAAAUGCAACAACAUUUUUAAACCCUCGCCAAAUGAACCCAAAGCCAUCAAAUGUGUUCUGACGACGGGAGUGGCCGGCAUCGGCAAAACUGUCUCGGUGCAGAAAUUCGUCCUGGAUUGGGCGGAAGAAAAGGCCAAUCAGGAAAUUACGUUUAUUUACCCAAUUCCGUUUCGAUAGCUGAACCUCAUGAGAGGGAAACAGUUAAGCUUGGUUGAGCUUCUCCAGCAUUUCAAAAUGGACUGCAGAGACAUUCACGAAAGGCGCAACGUUCUCUUCAUCUUUGACGGUCUGGAUGAAUGUCGCUUUCCUCUGGACUUCCAGAAGAACAGAAGACUGGGCAACCCAAAAGAGGCAACAUCUAUCGAUGUUUUGCUGACAAAUCUUAUCAAUAAGUUCCUGCUUCCUGAUGCCCUGAUCUGGAUAACCUCUCGUCCAGCAGCCGCCAGUCAGAUCCCUCUCGAGUAUAUUGACCUGUUGACUGAAGUUCGAGGGUUUAAUGACCCACAGAAGGAGGAGUACCUCUACAAGAGCAUCUGUGAUAAACACCUCGCUGGACGAAUCAUCACACACUUGAAGUCCUCGAGAAGUCUGUACAUCAUGUGCCACAUCCCAGUCUUCUGUUUGCUGUCGGCGACUGUCCUUGAGAGAAUGUUAAACGUAGCAGAGGAUGGAGAAAUCCCCAAGACGCUCACACAAAUGUACAUCCACUUUCUUCUGAUCCAAACCAGAGCUAAAAACAUGAGAUACUCUAAAGAUAACAACCCUGAACCGAACGAUGAGGACAUGAUUUUAAAACUAGGCAAACUUGCGUUUCAACAGCUUGAAAAGGGAAAUCUAAUAUUCUACGAAGAAGACCUGUUGGCUUGUGGGAUUGAUGUGAAAGAGGCUGUCGUCUACUCCGGUGUGUGCUCUCAGAUCUUCAGAGAGGAAUCCGCGCUGACCCAAAAUAAAGUCUACUGUUUCAUCCAUCUGAGCAUCCAGGAGUUUUUGGCAGCCUUGUAUGUGUAUUUCAUGUUUAAGAUCAGCCGUCACAACAUUCUUGAUCAUGAAGACCACAACGUGGCUGAUCUCACAGAGGCCACAGUGUUUGAUCUGCAUAAGAGCGCCAUCGAUCAGGCCCUCCAGAGCGAGACCGGACACCUGGACCUGUUCCUCCGAUUCCUUUUGGGCCUGUCGUUGGAGACCAAUCGGAGCAUUUUACAAAGCUUAGUGUCCCGAGGUGGUAGCUCAAGCACAACAUCUCACAGCGUAGAGGAGACGGUCGAAUACAUCAAGAAGAUGAUAGAAGACACCUCGUUGCCGGAAAAGUCUAUCAAUCUCUUUCACUGUAUGAAUGAACUGAACGAAGUUUCUCUGGUCAAAGAGGUUCAGCGCUUUCUGAGCUCAGGGCACUUUUCAAAACUUUCCCCUGCCCAAUGGUCCGCAUUGGUCUUUGUGUUAUUGACAUCUGAGGAAAAGCUGGAUGUUUUUGAUCUGAAGAAGUAUAUCAGAACAGACGAAGGUCUUACUAGAUUGCUGCCGGUGAUCAAAACCUCAAAGUGUGCUUUACUGGAUAACUGUGGACUUACCAUGAGAUGUUGCAGAGCUCUUGCCUCCGCUGUGAACUCGAGCACUUCAAAUGUACGAGUGCUGGAUCUGUGCAGGAACUCCAUAGAAGAUAAAGGCCUGGAGCUUUUGACAGCUGGCCUAAAAAACGCACAGUGUAAAUUAGAGGAACUAAGACUGUCAUACUGCCGAAUCACUCCACGAGGCUGUUCCAUACUCCUGUCAGGACUACUUCCAAAUCUUCCAAACCUUAGAGUGCUGGACCUGAGUGAAAACAGUCUCAGAGAAGCGGGAAUUAAGAUUUUGGCAAAUUACCUCGGGAAUCCACACUGUAAACUUGAGAUAAUGAGACUGAAGGACUGCAGGGUCACACCCAAAAGCAGUUUUGCAAUUGCCUCAGCUCUGCAAGCCAACCCAUAUCAUUUGAGAGAACUUGAUCUUCACUGGAAUAAUCCAGGAGAUGAUGGUGUGGAGAAGUUGUCUGCUGUGAUACAACAUCCACUCUCCAAGCUGGAAACGCUGUGGCUAAGUUAUGGUUUGCUCACUGAGAAAACCUGCCAGGCUUUGGCUUCAGCCCUGAUGUCCAACUUCUCUACUCUGAAAGCUCUAGACUUGAGCGGUAAUGCUUUACACGACAGUGGAAUAAAAAUCCUCUCAUACGGACUUAGAAGCCCAAAUUGUCAAAUGGCAGUUUUGAGAUUGGCAUUGUGUGAGAUCACGGAGAUAGGUAUUUGUGACUUGGCCUCCGCACUGGUUUUAAACCCCGUUUCACUAAGAGAGCUAGACCUGAGACAAAACCUUAUAAAAGAUUCCGGACUGGCAAGACUUUCUGAAGUGGUGGAGAAAUCCAGCUGUAGACUAGAGACGCUGCGUUUGGGGGAAAGUGGAGUCACAAAGGAAGGUUGUGCUGUUCUUGCAGCAGCUCUUAAAUUAAACCCCUCAUAUCUGACAGAGCUGGAGAUGAGAAAUAAUGUUCUCACAGACACGGGGCUAAAGCUCCUCUCUCCUGUGCUGAGGAACCACAGCACCAAGAUCACGAAGUUAGAUUUGAGUCAGUGUGGUUUGACUAUUGACUGCUGUGAUCCACUGGCUACAAUUCUUGGCGAAAGAUCCUCAAGUCUUAAAGAAUUAAAUUUGGGGGGAAAUAAUCUCCAAGAUCUGGGGGUAAAAAUCCUUUGUGGUGGAUUUAAAAAUGCACAAUGUCAACUAGAGAUUUUGAGGCUGGGUAACUGUGGGAUCACAGGGGACGCUUGCACAGUUUUAGGCUCUGCCCUGAGAUCUAAUCAAUCACAUUUAAUAGAGCUGGACCUGAGUGAAAACUAUCUUACAGAUUCAGCCGUCAGACCUUUAUCCGUUUUACUGGACAACCCAGAGCAUAAACUUGAGAAACUGAUUUUGUAUUAAUGAACUGAUCCGUGGAUACCACAGCAUGCAUCAACAUUUCUUGAAUGUGUAGCAGAUUGCUGAAAUACCCAACGUUACAGAAAUGGUGAAAUGUUCAUUUACUUGUAAUUGCCGAACGACACAUUUAGACAAAACCUUUUAUUUUUAUAUUGUCCUAAUAUUUAUGCUAAUUUAUUUGAUUCUUCCAUCACAUAUUCAGCAGUAAAUGAAUACAGUGAUCUGGUGAUCCUGUUGUUGAUGCAAAACAUCUACACAUAGAAUUGAUUUAAAGAGAUUUUGAACAUUUUAAAUCCUGAAAGGGUUCGAGGUGAUCCAUUAGCUAUAUGGUCAACACUUUUCACUUUCUGUUACUGUACAUAUACAUUUUGUACAUAUAUAAUUGUCUACUUAGCACGAUUAAUUAAGUCUUUCAUUAACUGAUACCUUUUUUCACUUUAGUCAUGCAAUGUGUGCAGGACUGAAUAAUAUAAACAGUAUGAUUCAUUCAAAGAUUCUAUAUUGUGCACAGUUUGACAGAAUUGUUUUUAAACAAAUUAGAUGUUUUUAAACAAACUCCAGGGUUGUGUUUGGCUGGAUUCACAAACUAGUUACUUGAAAACGACUUGACAUAUUCCUCAGAAUUUUACGUUGUCAUCUAAUUUUAAGCAAUUACAAAGACUACUAUUAAAGCGAUACACCACCCAAAGAUGAAACUCACCCUCAGGUUGUUUCAUAUCUGUAUCAA